GUUCGCUCGUGGUCGUCGGUUGUCGCUGUCGUCGUAUUCGGUUACGUCGCUGUCGUCGAUAUGCAUUCGUCAAUAUAAUGCCCCUUCGCACGCUCGCAUUCCAUUGCAUCUGAAACCCAAAGUUGGCCAUCAGGCUGCUGCCUGCCCUAAGGCUGGUACCCCAACUUGCUACAACUGCGGUCAGGAGGGUCAUGUUUCCCGUGACUGUACCAUGGAACCCAAGCCCAAGGCGUGCUACAAGUGCGGCCAAGAGGGCCAUAUCUCUCGCGAGUGCCCCAACGCUGCUGAUAGCGGUGCCGGUGCUGGCGCCGGCGGGUGGAGUUCCAGUGCCCAGAACGCGUUCGGUGGUGCCCGCAGUGGCCAGGAGUGUUACAAGUGCGGCAAGGUCGGCCAUAUCGCCCGUGCCUGCCCUGAGGCCGGUGGAGCUGCCGAUGGCGGGUACGGUUCGUUCGGCGGUGGAGCCUUCGGUGCUCGCGGCAAGACUUGCUUCACCUGCGGUGGUGUCGGACAUCUCUCCCGCGAUUGCGUCCAGGGCGCCAAGUGCUAUAACUGCAACCAGACUGGUCACAUCUCGAGGGACUGCCCCGAGCCCCAGAAGCGUGCUUGCUAUACGUGCGGUUCUGAGGGACACAUUUCCCGUGAUUGCCCCAACGGCGCGACCGCUGCCGCAUAAUCGGUCGAAUGUCUGAAGCAAGUUCUCGUCCCCAUGUACAACUCUGUGGGCCGGCCAAGCCGUGCCGUCUCUCUCUCUUACUCUGAUGAUCUUGCCGUAGUGUUUUGUUUUUGAAAAGAGAGUGCGCCUCUCAUCGUCAUGUUUUACCUUUUGUUGUUUGUGUUGAAGGUCGUACUGCCAUGAAAUGC